GAGUUUGCCGACAACUCGUGUACGAAACUUUACAGCAUGCCCAGUGCACUAGCAGACAACAAGAGCACGGAAAAUCCGGAUCAUAAAAGGAAAUAUGCUCAAAAUGUAACUGUCUCGGUGUUUUCUCGUUCUGAAAAGUACUCAUACCAUGAUUAGGAACAUUUCUUACACCUCUGGUUAGGAAAGGAUCAACCGUGGUUAUUUUUGCAGGAGUUUUGAUUGUUGGAAUAAAAGUUUUCUUCAGUGGAGGAGAGAGCGCAGUACUUGUUGAUUGGUAUCCUUUCCAAUGAGUGCAACAGUGUGAUAAAUUAUGUCAGAAAAUUCUGUGAAGGAUAUUCUUGCACGGUUCAACCAAGGAAGUGGGCCACCAUUGGGACCACCCCCAGCCCAAAAGCCCUCUGUCCAGAACAAGCCCUCAAAACUUACCAAGCCCAGUAACUUACCCAUUAACAACUCUUCUGCCAAUGGAGUCAAAUCCCCAAGUAACGGUGUCAAGUCACCGAUGGCGAGGGGAUUCCCACCCGGAGGGGGAGUUAAUAUUGAGGACAUCUCUAAGGUGAAGCUAAAGAAGCCUCCCUUACCCAAGCCCCCUGCAGACGCCAGACCCUCGGAGAACCAAAUCCCCAGCUUCAAGUUGCAACCCAAGCCAAAGCCCAAGCCAGCAGCACCGCCAAGGCAAGAACCGUCCUCUCCGCUUGGCUCAGCCCAUUCCCAACCCAAGACCCCACCACAUGUGAGUGGCACCCCUGUUCAGAACAAGUCCUCUCUACAUGCCAACCCCAAGCCGCCUGCAGGACUGACAACCAAACAAAAGCCUCGAACACCAGCCAGGAAAGACAGUUUAACAGAUAUACAUGCGAGGCCCAGGAAACAGAGUCUUCCGACACCUUCCGCUGCAGAUGAAGACAAGGAGAACCAUUGGAAGAAUGGGACCAGGGCGGAUGAACCUGCCCCGCCCGUUUCAGACUCAGAAAACUCCUCUGCUUCCUCAGUGACGGAUAUCCCUUUUAGGAGAACUUCAUUCCUUCAUACAGUCAGCAAAAAAUCGAAUGAGAGAAAACCAGUCCUUGAACCUCUCCCACCCCUCUUAAUCAUCGGCAAUGCCCCUCGGAAACCAGCCAAACCGCCCAACGUAUCGUUAGCCAAGUUUCUACCCGCAUCUUCAGACUCCCCUCCCCCGCCACUUAGACCGCCCAAGCCAGGAGCUACCCCCACCACCCCUCCCUCCCUCCCAGCCAGGCCUGGUGGGGGCCUAUCUAAGACCAGACCUCCACCCCCGCAGCCGGUACAGGAGGAACAGUUACCGGACGAUGCAGGGGACAUCUAUGAUGACGUCGAGGGGAAUCUCCCUCCUGUUGUGCCGAAGACCAGGAGACCCUUUUCUCUCAUGUAAGUACAGAUUUGAUGUCAUUUCU